AACGAAAGUUUAAUUCAAUAUUGCAAAACUUAUUAUCGAAAUAUUCAAAUCUACAUUUUUAGAAAAUCAAUUGCAUAAUUUUUUUCCUGAACAGUAUAUAAUAAAUUUUGAAGAUGGUAUCAAAAAUAAUGGGGACGGGUUAUUUGGGCCAAGGAUCAUUCCCAAAAGGAAACAAAAAAUUUUAUUUAAACGACGUGCCAUGUUUAAAUUCUAUUGGUGGUAUUCUCAAUUAUGGAGCCGAAUUCUCGAAUGACGUCAAUAUUAUAAAUAGGAAUGGUGCCAUCGAUUCUAAAGAAUAUAACACUAAACCUUUCAUAUUUUCACAAGAUAUUAAGGAUAAAGAAAUUACAUCAGAUAACGGCAAUCCGGUCAAUGUGAUAAAAAUGCGCAAGGAUAUAGGCUUGUUAAGCGGGAUAGCCAUAAAUGUAGGAAUCAUGAUAGGUUCAGGAAUAUUCGUCAGUCCUACUACCGUAUUAAUAAAUACUGGCUCAGUUGGGCUCGCUUUAAUAGUUUGGGGCCUUUGUGGGAUAUUUUCAUUCCUGGGGGCUCUCUGCUAUGCAGAAUUAGGUACCUCUUUUCCAUCUUCUGGAGGUGAAUAUACAUAUAUAAUGUCAGCUUUCGGUUCAGUUCCAGCAUUCCUAUACGUUUGGAUGUGUCUUCUAGUCCUUACUACUGCUGGUAAGGCAGCGAAUGCGCUGACAUUUUCACAAUAUGCUAUAGAUCCUAUUUUGGUUUCUUGUGGUACUCCGCCCAUGAUUACAAAACUAGUGGCAGUUUGCCUGAUAAGUUUCCUGGUAUACAUAAAUUGUCGCAAGGUUAAAUUGGCCACAAGAAUCCAAAAAUUUUUUACAAUUUGCAAGCUAUUCGCCCUACUCGUGAUUAUAAUAGUAGGUGGUUACGAAUUAUAUAAAGGUAACUAUAAAAGAUUCAGCCCUUACAAUGCUUUCCAAGGAAGCAACUAUAAGCCAGGAAAAAUUGCCUUAGCAAGCUAUUCCGGUUUAUAUGCCUACUCUGGAUGGAAUUCUUUAAAUUGCGUAACGGAAGAAGUCAAAAAUCCCUACAAAAACCUACCCAAAUCACUAUUCCUUUCCAUCGUUAUCGUAACACUAAUUUUCGUAGCCACCAAUAUGGCAUAUAUGAGUGUCCUAUCUCCAUAUGAAAUGAUAAAUUCUAAUGUUGUGGCUAUGUCUUUCAUAGAAAAAAGCUUGGGAUACGGUUAUUCGAUUGCCAUAUCAGUGUUCGUAGCUCUCACAAUUUUUGGAAGCUUAAAUGGUUCAAUUUUGGUGUCCUCUAGGAUAUUUUUCGCGGCGGCACGGAACGGCCAUUUUCCUCAAUUAUUUUCCAUGAUCAACGUUAAUUUCUUGACUCCCACCGCUGCUUUAUUUUUUAUAGGUGUUGUCACUAGCAUAUUUUGCCUGUCAGCCAAUAUUUUGACUCUGAUAAAUUAUUAUAGCUUUUCGGAAGCAUUUUUCAGUUUAUUAACGAUUCUUGCUCUCAUAUACAUGAGAUAUAAAAAUCCGGACCUAGAGAGGCCAUUUAAAGUUAACAUAAUAGUUCCCAUAGUUUUUGCCGUCAUAUAUUUAUUCCUUUUGACAUUCCCGUUCACGACCGACCCGAUGGUCUGCGCGAUAGCCUCCACUAUGAUAAUUUCAGGAAUACCUGUAUAUUUUAUCUUCAAAUACCUUUCCAUGUGGCCUAAGUUCUCGAAUUUUAACGGAAUAAUAACAGCAUUUUUCCAAAAAAUACUGAAUUGUGCCAAAGAAGAUGUUAUGAUCAAUUAAUUAUUUACCAAUCAAAUAUAUUUUUGAUAUAUAAAUUGUAUUUAUGAAUCUGAUAUUUUGGACUUAUACUGCAUUUUUAUAAUCAAAUCUAUUACUAAUAUUCUUAAAUUUGAUUUAAAAUUAUGGAUAGAAAUUUCAUCAGGACAAUUAUAAUUGU